CGAUCACGUUUCUACCUCCACUAGUCUUGGAGGUUUAGGUUUUUGAAUUUAUUUGAUAUACUAGUCUCUGGAUCAUCAACAACUUCAUAGGGCAGAUCAAGCACAGUAUGCAUGUGGAACCACACGGAACGAAGAAGAGUAUCAGCAUCCUGCUCAUCCCGAAACAACAUGACCGUCCGUUGCUCAACCGUUUGCCGCGAUGUGUCGCAAUUCGGAUCUCAUCGGAUCAAAACCCGCUUGCCUUCUUACACGAAGCAUAGUUUAGUGUGGAGUCCCGCUGGACGGAGAAGGUGUGUAGCCGAAUGGAGUCCUCCUCCAGACGUUCUUGGAGCUGGGACUCUUCUUGCAUCUAGAGGUCCAUGUCGAGCCGUUCCUGAAGAAAUAGACUCAAAAGCUACUGACUCAAAACAAGCGAUCAUUGCAACAGGACCAUGUGAUCACGCUGGCGACGUGGCUAAACAAGUGCUGCUAAGUUCGUCUAGUAGAAAACGCGCUUUGAAUCGUUAUGAUCCCAUAGUACCCUGCUCUGUUGGCGUGUCCACAAAAUCACUUUUUGAGGAGAAAGACUCCUUGCCAAAAGCAGAUGGAUGGGAGCAGCACCUAAAAGAAUGUGGACAAUCUCCCACGCCAUCAGCAUCCUCGACGUCUCCACGGCGCGUUCAUCUGGAAAAGGAGCUACUACUUAGAAGCAACACCAGUGCACAUUCUAGUGCAUUGACUGCCACAAGACCUAGGAUGUGCAGAAUAUCGGAUGUGCUCAUGAAGUUCACUUUUGGUAGCAGAUCUGAAGCACAGGCUUGGAUAGAAACCGGACGAGUCUCGCUUGUAUCCAACAAGGCAGAACAUUCUUCUGCUCUCAACGGUCGUCAUCUUCUAGAAACUACAUCAAGCGCGAGGCCUGGUAGCACUCCGCAAGGCCAGGAGCUUCUUCUUCAACAACGAGGACAGGAAAUCGGAGAUACAGAUAAAAAGGACGACAAGGAGGUAGCAGGGGAUGAACAUAAGUAUUUGCAAAUACCUCAAAAGUUUUUACAAUUGAUCACGUCUGAUCGCUGUAUACGAGUGGCGACGGCAUCACGUGGUGAAGGACACGACAAGAAUGUAAUUGUGUCUCCGCAGAUAUUUCUGGACGAGCGGCCUUUGAAACACGAGACGCUUGUCUUUUUUCGGAGUGCCAGCUUGGAGAUACCUCGGGUUGGGGGGGACAACGCGUUUUUCCGAAGACACAGAGGAAACGAACUCGGACAGAGAUGGCGACAUCUACGUUUGUUUGGGCGCGAACUGCUCCAAGCACAUCCGAGAUGGUGCGCAAGCGGUCUGAUGCUCCUGAGCAACGAUCCGGGUGUUGCUGCGGAGUUGCGCAAGGGAGCUGCCGUGAGUCUUCUAGCGUGUGGACGCACGCGUGUAACUGAGGCAGAAGCACGACUUAUGGAAAGAGCUUACGACUGCCGUGUGAUCGGACGAGAAUACGAUGAAAAAGAUCUUCCCAUGAUGGAAGAUUCUACGCGCAGAACCGCAACGAGAGGGCUAGAGCGAUCCCUCCAUCAGGCGGCGCUACGACGAAGCAUUGUUAAAGCGCGGAGUUCAGGCAGAAGAGAAACCGUUUCUUUUGCUUCAAGUACGAAUGAUGACACUGAAGAAGAGACUCUGGACGCGCUGAAGUCAGAGAGAGACACUGGAAAAAUGCACUUUAUUUAUUUGCGCUUUGAAUCAACAAAUGGCGCUUCUGCAUGGAUCCGCAAUCACAACGGAUUCAUGGACGCCCUCAUCUAUCGUUGGGGUAACUAUUCACUUCUUGGCAGCAUUGCUGGAGAUGAAGCACCCUGUCAUUACCAGGUCCGAGAUGAAGACCAGGCACGAAUUUUGCCUGAUGCUCAUGUAAUUGCAACUGCUCGAUCAACUCCUGGUGGCCCUGGCCUGGAGAGCUUUUUCAGCACAUUCAAAGGCACGAGUGCUCUUCC